UGGAAGCUGGGGCUGGGCCGUAGGCAGAUUGGUUUACGUUCGCCAGCGAGCUGGGGUUUCCAUGGGAAAUUCUUCAUGGGAGAGACGUUUACAAUGAAACUGUGCGGCGCUUAGCUGCACGCUCAGCUAUUUAAGCUGAUAUGCAUAAUGUAUUUUAAAGCUUGACGCCAUCAGAAGAACGCCGAUACCCGGAGCUUCGAUCUGCCAAAUCCACAAUCCGGGUUGUUGUGCAGGUGUUAGAAAUGUUCUCAACUCAGAAAACAGUGCAUCAUUUACCGAAUGAAAUACUGGAGAAAAUAUUUUCCCACUUGUCAGUUUAUGAGCUGGCUCGAGCUGCAAAUGUAUGCAGCCGCUGGGCAGAAUUGCUGCAGGACACAAGACUGUGGAAAGGGAAGAGAUACGAUGUUGAGGAAAUUGAGAAAAAGGAUGACAUUUUAUUAGUUGCAGGGGUCUGGCCUGCAUUAAUUUAUCUUAAUCUUGUUAAAGGAGAUCGUUUCAGGAUGUCAUUGAAUGUGGCUGGGGCAUCUGUUGAGCUUCCAAACUUGACAGACAAGACAAUACAUUCCAUAGUUGGUACCCUUAUGACAAAAACUUUGUCAGUUGAUGUUCGCCUUCUUGAUGAAGGGCUAGAGAAUUGUCUUGCAAUUCAGACUCAGAAUUUACUUAGGCUUUCAGUGACAAUACCUCCUGGUCCAUUGAACCGAGACAUGAUCAGGCGUACAGAGUCCAGCUUGAAAGCAUUGGCUCACACAUUUUCCAUAGGCGCUGUUCCAUCUCUUCGCUCUUUGCGAAUUAGUAGUGAGAGUGCAGCAGAUGCUAAGUAUGACAGCUGUGCUGGUAGUGAGGUUAUUCUGUCAUUGAGAUCAUGUCCAGAACUGAAGCAGCUAAGAAUCUCUGGAUGUACUUGUGUGUCUUGGAAAAUGGUUGGUCGCAGAGACGAGUUACGUGUUUUGUCUGUUGUUCAUUCAAAAAUGAAGGAAUUCUUAAUCCAUGAAGAAUGUCAAAAUUUGAGAGAUAUCACACUUGAGCAUUGCCCCUUCUUGAAAAAAAUACAGUUCUGGGCUAAGCACCAUAGUUUGAAUUUGCAGUCGCUGCGCAUCUGCAACACCAGCGUAAAUUCAGAGGUGCUGGAGUAUGUGUGUAAAGCUGCACCUGGGCUUGAUGUACUUGUUAUUCAGUCUUGCCCUAAAAUAACAUUUACAUCAUUUGUUCGCCAUUGCUUCAAUCUGCAACAUUUUGAACUGAACAAAUGGGCACCUGAUGAGAAGUAUUUCUAUUUUGAUCUUGCUCUGCUGCCCUCAGGUCUGCGACAUCUGUCGAUGAUGAAUACAACAGUGCGUGAGGAACAUAUGGAUCAUAUUUUGAAGCGACUGCCAAUGCUGGAAACACUCAAUCUGGGUGGUUGUGUGUGUAUAUCAUCUGUAUCUUUUCUUGAGCACUGCCCAGAGUUAGUUGACUUGAAUCUGUCUGGCUUGUGCCAAGUCCCAGCUACAUCAUUUUCUGUUCUGGCAGAGUUGAGGAAACUGAGAAACCUCAAUCUUCGAAACUGUUCUCUGAGCAGUAAUCUCUUGUGUGGCAUACUACAGAAAAUGCCAAACCUAAAGAAACUAGAUCUAUCUUGCAUACAAACAAUUGGUGACUUGUUUUUUGUCACAAAAUGCCACAGCUUGCGCUGUUUGAACAUGUCUCAUUGCCCUCGUCUCUCACCAGACAUCACAGAGUUGCGGCAACUGACUGAUGUAAGGACGUUGCGCAUCUAUGGAGUGCCAGGUCGCCCAUUCAUAACAGACCUUGAGAGAGACAUCCACAACAACUAAUCCAGUAAUCUGGGUUUGUGAUGAAUUCUACAUGUGAAGAAAUCAGUUAACAGAUGUGUGUCUCAUUCUGUGUGUGUGUGUGUGUGUGUGUGUGUGUGUGUGUGUGUGUGUGUGUGUGUGUGUGUGUGUGUGUGUUAGCGAGAGAGAGAGAGAGAGAGAGAGAGAGAGAGAGAGAGAGAGAGAGUGAGUGUCGCGUGUGAGUGCGUGUGUGGGUGUGCGCGCGUGUCGUGAUGGCAUCUGUGCCUAAUGUGUCAUAUCUAUGUUACUGAAAUGUAGUUUCUCUGCAAUAUUUUGUUUCCUAUUUGUGAUAUCAUAAUUUAUAAUCUUAUUUUACCUGUUACAGUAUUAAAAAUGGACUAUUCACUGUAUGUGUUAAGUAUUGUGUAAAACUGAUUACAGUGAAAAGUGCAACAGCAAGGAAUUUAUUAGAUAACACAUUAGUGAAGGUAUUUAGUACCUGCACUACAACAUGGUACAAAUUUUAUUUUUAUGUGUUACGGUACAAAUUUUGUGUUACAUAUUUACAAAGUUAUCAUUUCUUUGUGGUUGAACAAUAUUCACCAUAAUUUGAAACGUGAUUUUGCAUGUUGAAAUUUAUUAAUGUUGAUUUACAUUCCAACUAUUACAAGGUAUGGGAAACAUGUUGCUUCUGUUCAGUUUCCAUGAUUCAGCCCAGAAUAUGUCUAGAUGUUUCUCCUGAUUGUAAGUCUUUCAAGCCCACCAAGAGUUAUGGGCUACUUGAGAUGCACAGCCAUGCUGUCAUAUGGAUGAGGGGACCCACACUGAUACCAAAUGGAUAUUUCAGACAAUGUUAAAUACUGUGUGUUCUUUUGUACUAUGUAGUCCAGGAAAGAGAAAUUUUCUGAGAUUCGGUAAACACAUGGAUGCACAUGAAGAUUUAUCAAAACCUGUAGAAGACUGGUAUGCCAAAUGUUUAUUGUGAAGGAAUUAACAUGUCUAAGUUACUAGCAAAUGUUGUAUGCGUAAUUCUGAUAAUUUUCCCUGGUAUACCAGUAGACUAAAGUUUGGAAAUGCAAGUUUAGGUAGAAUACAAAAAAUUAUGACACACUGAAAGUAAUAACUGGUUUUAAGCUCAUCAGCAUCAUAGAGCAAACUCUGAAUAUGGAGGUCUUUAAUUAAGAAAUCAGUUUUUUUUAGAUUUGGAAGGGUGGUGGAGUGGGUGUGGGGGGUAGAAAUAUAAAAAAUAAGCUGAGGAAUGUGGCAGAUGAACAAACAAAAUCAUUUACUUAAUGGUCAUGUGUUCUCUAAGAAAAUUGCAAAUCAACCUGCCUCUGCAUAACUUGCUGCUUUCUCUUAAUUUCUUAGUUAUGUUUGGUUUGUCUUCUGUUUUUAUUUCAUGCCUCUUUCCUGUUUGUAGUUUGCAUUCAGUUGACACAUGGAUGGACAUGAAGAUCGAUCAAAAUAAUUUGAUAUACUUAAUACAUAGCUGCUGAAGCCUACUUUGCCAAAGAUUUGUUUGGAGGAAUUUGCAUGUAUAAUUUUCUGCAUAAUGUUCUGAGGCUAAUUCUGAUGAUUUUUCCCGAUGUACUAAUAGGCAAAAAAUUGAAAUUCCAGCUAAGAAUUUAUUAAAGAAAUGUUAUAAGACACACAGAAAGUAAUUAUUCUUGCUAUCUUCAUCUUCAGCAUCAGAAAACAAAUUCUGACUAUGAAGAUCUGUAACUAAGAAAUGUAUUUCUUGUUGAUUUGGAUGGAUAAUGGAAAAACAGUGGAGGUGGUGUGGUUGAUGUGGAAAGAAGCUAGCUGAGAAAUUGUGGGAAAUCAAACAAAACACUUACUUAAUAGGCAUGUGUUUUCCGAGUAAGCUACUGGUGUAUCUGCCUAACUAGCUCCCUUUUCUUAGUUUCUUUGUGAUGUUCAGUUUGUCUUCUGCUUUUACUACAUGUCUUUGUCCUGUUCUUAGUUUUUCCUCACUUUAACUUUCCUGUUUGCCACCUUUUCUACCUGCCUUCACUAAUAUUAUUUUCCCCUCUUCCAAAGAAAGUUUUUCUUGACCUGACACUAAGUAAUAGCAUUGACUUUUGCUACCACAUUCUUUAUUGCAUUUCAGGCAGUGCAUUUGUAUAUCCUUAAUUUAGAUCUUCCAAAGAGCUUACAGUAAAUGGUUAUUUUUGCUGUUUACUAUUAUAAGACUGUUAACUGGCAAGUAGGGAAAAUCUGUGUAUGAUAUGUUAGUUAACUUAAUAUGAAGCAAGAGUUCUGUGAUUUUCUUCUAUGUGCAUGUGUUUGGCUUGUCACAUGGGAACAUACAACAGUUUCUUCUAUUUUAUGUGUGUUAUGUAAAAUUUAUGUAGUCAGUUGUACCUGUUUCAGUAUUAAAAUGAAGAUAUUUCUGUGUAACACGAGAAAAAAAAAAAAAAAAAGAAAAGAAAAAAGAAAAAGCAAACAUGGUUAUGACUAUAGUAAGGAAAAGUGAUGUACUCAUGAGAAGACUGAGUUUAUGUGUAAGCUGGGCAUAAAUGUCUAGGGCCAUAGCAAAAGUUGGAAACCCAAACAGUCCUGUUAACGUUACGUUAUCAGGAAAUGUCAAAUUUGCCAGAAUACCAGAAUAAUUAUACCAUCUUGUAAUGUCAGCAACGGAAGAUUUAUUCUGUAUUUAGCUUUCAGAUACAAGAUGUAAUUGUGUGUUGUCUAAAGUAAAACCAGUUUUUUGCUCUUCAUGCAAAACUUUCCUUCAGUAUCAUACUGUGUCCAUGAUGUCUGUAGUGUACAUUGAUGUGUAGAUACACUUGUUCUUUUACUCAGUGAUCCUGUCUUUAAGUUUGAUGAUUUGUUUUUAGAUCAUUUACAUACCGAAAUGAAAAGAAAUGCUACUGUAAUAUGCUCUUUCUUUUUUUCCUUUUUUUUUCUUCCCUUUUUAAGAACAUACAAGGUAGUGUUAGGAACUGAAUAUUUACCCUGUGUUUAACUGUAAAAUACGAGAUAUACAUGUUGUGUGUUAAAAGUAAAACCCAGUUUCAUAAUGAAUUGUUGCUUGUCAUGCAUAGCUUUCCGUCAGGAUCAUAUUGUGUUUAUGAUAUCUGUAGUGUACAUUGGUGUGUAGAUAAGCUUGCUCUCUUAUUAAACUGAUCCUGUCCUACAUUUCAUGAUUUGUUUUUUUAAACUGUUUAAUGUACGGAAAUGAAAAUGAAUGUGACAGUAAUAUAUUCUUUUCUUAACUGACAGUCAUGCUUUGUUUAAAGAACAUACAAGAUAAUGUUAGCAACUGAAUAUUUACUCUGUGUUUAGCUGUCAGAUACAAGAUGUAAUUGUGUGUUGUCUAAAGUAAAACCAGUUUUUUGCUCUUCAUGCAAAACUUUCCUUCAGUAUCAUAUUGUGCCCAUGAUGUCUGUAGUGUACAUUGGUGUGUAGAUAAGCUUGUUCUAUUAUUCAUGUGAUCCUGCCAUAUGUUUCAUGAUUUGUUUUCAGACUGUUUAACCUACUGAAAUUAAGAGGAAUUUGACAGUAAUAUGCCCUUUUCUGUGCUGACAGUCAUGGUUCUUUUUUUUUUUUUUUAAAAAAAAAAAGAACAUACAAGGUAAUUUCAGCAACUGAAUAUUUACUCUGUGUUUAGUUGUCAGAUACAAGAGAUAAAUGUUUUGUUAUGUGUCAAAAGUGAAACCCAUUUUUGUAAUGAAUUGUUGCUCUCCAUGCAAAACUGUUCUUCAGGAUCACACUGUGUCUAUGAUGUCUGUAGUGUACAUUGGUGUGUAGAUAAGCUUGUUCUUUUAUUCAAAUGAUCCUGUCCUAAGUUUUGUGAUUUGUUUUUACACUGUUGUCUUCAUUGGCUGUUGUUUUAAGCUAUUUGCAAUUUAUGAUAUGAUGCUUUGUCUGGCAUAAUGGCCAUAUACAUCAUUAUAUUGUCUGUACGUGUUUUAUUAAAUGUCUAUAACCUAUCGAAAUAAAAGGAA